UGGUGGAUGAGGAGAAGGAUGGGAGGCACAUAGGAGGAUCUCCGGAAGAUGGACGACGAGGUAGACGACUACUACAAGGAGAAGCUGAGGAUGUCCCCUACGGUGUUCCGGGAGAUUGUGGAGGCGGUGUCCCCUCUUCUGCAGCGGAGGGUGACAUUCUCCAGGGUACCGUUGAUGCCAGAUCACAUCAUCACAUAUGCGCUGUAUCGAUGGGCGAGCGGGGAGACGUACGAGAGCAACACAUCGUCAUUCGGCAUAGGAUGCGCAUCAGGCUUGAUCGCAGUCGAGGAUGUCACCAGGGCGCUUCUGAGGGUGUACCGUGACAACAUCGACUGGCCUUCUGGGUUGCAGCGGGUGCUCGUUCUGCGCGCCUUUGAGGCCAAGGGUUUCCUCUACUGCUAUGGAUGCAUAGAUUGCACACACAUAUACGUGGACAAACUGGCGAACGCACCAUUCGAUCGGACGCAUCGUUUCUCCGUUGUUGCGCAGGUGGUGGUGGACUUGGACUUGCGCAUCACAGAGUCUGACGUUUUCGUCGGUUAUCCAGGGAGUUGCCAUGACAUUCGCGUGCUUCAACUUUCCAAUCUGUGGGCACGUGCGGAGGAGGGGGAUCUUUUUCGUGGACCUGUUGUGGUGCUCCCGUUCGGAGUGAAGACACACUGGUACAUUCUCGACGAUAACGGCUAUCCUCCUCUGGAGUGGAUCGUCAUGCCUUACGGGGGGACCGAUCAAUGCGCCGACGAAGAGAGGUUCGACAACAAGCAGAAGGUCGCCAGAGGAGCAGUGGAAAGAGCUUUCGGGAGAUUGAAGGGGGUGUGGAGGUUGUUCUUCCGCACACACAAGACAAAUAUGGACACUCUCCUGCACCAAUUCCAAGUCGUGUGCAUUUUGCACAACAUCCUCCUCGAUGUUGGCAUGGACUUGGACGAGAACUUGUUGUGGGAGGUGGACGCUAAUGGUGCGCGCCGACGUGUGGAUUUGGGGUUGGAUCACCCACCCCCCCCCAUCGUGGAAAACUUUAAUCAGCCUCAUGCGCUCGUGUUGCGCGAAGCGUUGGCGGAGCGCAUGAAGCACGCAUAAACGCGCAAACUCCCUCGACGGCGGUAGCUACGGCAUCGA